CAAAGAUGUGCGGAGCGGAAGCAACGCAAGCAGCGAGAAGGAGCUCGAGGAAAGCGGCUCGAAACUCGGCCGGGACAUGCACGGACCAGCAGCGCGCACCCUGAAGCGCCCGCCGCGAGGCAGUCUGGCGCUUCCUUCCCCACCCUCGCCUCUAUCCUUGUUCCUAGUCGAGUGCUCGCUGCUACUCUCACCUGCUCGGCCUCUAGCGCCUACUCCGCCAGCAUGAGCAGCGACGACUUCGACGCGCGAGCCUCGCGCAUCCUCGUGCUCGAUGUCGGCCUCGCGACGCCCGGACCCUCACGGGCACUUCUGCCUUCGCGGCAGCUCCGAGGCCUGAUCGACUCCAUCGUCGAGGCGAGCACAUCGCACAGCGCUGCGAUGAACGACAGUGCUGCGUCCUCAAGCGUGGCGCCGCCGGCUGAGGAAGCGCAGGAGGAUACGGUGCCGUGGCUCAUCAACAAUCGCUACUACAGUGCCGCCGUGCACUUCGCUCCGCGCUCUAUACCUCUCUUUGCCAAGAACGAGCCAGCCGCAAGCCGAGGGCCAGGACGCAGACGCGCAGCUGAGAGAGAAGAGCCGCGACAUCUUCGCUGCACUCGCGGCGCCGAGCCGAGCCACCGCUACGGCGACCGCGAGCAAGAAGACUCUCUCGUGUAAUGAGACGGCAAAGACCACGCUUGAGGAGGAGCUGAAGGGCGUUGAUGCGGUCGUGCUGGUCGUCGGCAGAGAUACGCCCCUCUCCGCGCACAUUGCUCUGCUUGAAGCAAAUCCGA